AGCGUCAAGCUCCCCUUCCUCCUUCUUUUUGAGCUUUAUAAUAAGUUUGUUUUUUUUUGCAGUUCCGUGCUUUUUGUCAAGCAAUUCUCUAAUUUGCCCGGAAAUUUUUAAUGUCGCAGCCCUUUUUUCUUUGAGAUUUGUUUUUCGUCGUUGUUAGACACAAGAAGCGGUAUAUAUUAUCGCCGUAUUGGUGGUUGUGUAACUUGUUUGUGACGCGUGUGUAUACACACAAGACUCGCUUGUGAUGGCGGCCUCCAGCCACUCUCAUGACCACGUUGCGGCCCACAUCACUGAAAGGGAUAGAGAUAGAGAAAGUGAAGCUUAUGCUUUACUGUCGUUGAAAACGGCCCCAACGAGUCCUGGUUCAGCUCAUCAUUGGAAUCAUGGAGGUGAGAACCGAGGACCAGUUGUGAUUGCAAGAAUUGAAGGGAGAGAGUUUGAAUUUUUGGUUCGACAAAAACGACUGGUGAUUGGGAGGAAUUCAUCUAGAGGACAAGUGGAUGUUAACAUGGGACACUCAUCAUUCAUAUCGAGGCGCCAUUUAGAAGUCUAUUUUGAACACCCAUUCUUUUACAUGGUCUGUAAUGGUAAAAAUGGUGUGUUUGUUGAUGGUGUGUUUCAAAGAAAAGGAGCUGCACCACUGCAACUUCCAAAAAUGUGUGUGUUUCGUUUUCCCAGCACAAACAUAAGACUAAUGUUUCAAUCCCUUGUUGAUGAAACUGGACCACCACCCAAUCUUGGCAAUCAGUUCUCAAGCAAUGCAAAUUUGUCAUCUGGGUCUACACCAACAACACAACUUGCUCCCCCAUCUCCAUUGAAGAGAAGGGGACCAUCAACUCAACAACAGUCUCAUUUACCUCCACUGAGAAUCAAUAUACCCAUUGGAGAGGAAGAAGCAGAAGCCUCAAGUCCUCUACCAUCACCAACAGGAACAAUUAGUGCUGCCAAUUCAUGUCCUGUGAGCCCUAGAGAAGGGACCCAUGGAUUAGGCCGUAGCCAUUUUGGCGGAUUCUCGCAUUUCCACCAUGAGUUGAAUCCUUCAUCAUCGCACGGGCAUGGAGCAGCAACCGGUUACAGUACAGGCUCAGGCCAAGAUUUACCACAAGAUCAUAGUCCUGGAGCCGAAGGCGGCAACGACGCAAAAGAUGACAGCAAACCUCCUUACUCCUACGCCCAGCUGAUUGUGCAAGCUAUUUGCACGGCUCCCGACAAGCAACUGACGCUUAGUGGUAUCUAUUCGUACAUCACGAAGAACUAUCCUUAUUACCGGACCGCUGACAAAGGAUGGCAGAAUUCCAUCCGUCACAAUCUUUCGUUGAAUCGUUACUUCUUGAAAGUGCCACGAAGUCAAGAAGAGCCAGGCAAAGGUUCUUUUUGGAGAAUAGACCCUACUAGUGAAUCGAAGUUGGUAGAGCAAGCUUUCCGUAGACGAAGGCAGCGAGGGGUUCCUUGUUUUAGGACACCCUAUGCAAGAAGUGCCCCAGCUUCCCCUACUCACGGUGGGAUGCCAAACAUGUCUGUCUCUGGCUUGGCAACGCCUGAUUGUCUUUCUCGAGAGGGAUCCCCCGGACCAAUGUCCGAGCCAUACGGAGACGUUGUCAAUAGCCAAGGAGUGGCACAACAUCUGGAAAUAAAGAGUAGCAGCCGACCCAAUUCGCCGUUUUCAUUACACCAAGGAAGUGGAGUCGUUGUCCAAUCGAAUCACCCAACUCAUGUGGUGGUUUUGCAGCCUACUCAACUCGCACAUGGACCGACAGCAAAUGGCGGAUCGGAGAGUAGUUACCUGGGAGGUACACAGGCCUCAGUCAUUGUACCUUUUGUGACGACAUAUUCAUCGUUUGUUAGCACUAGCAAUUCCAAUGGUAGCGAAUCGUUAGCCAGUCUGCAGCCCAGUAGUAUUAAACGAACCUACCCUCCCGCAUCGUCAAGUCCGGCACCGGUCAAUGCUGGACUCGGCAACACAGGAUCGUGUGUUGAUGGGAACGAGAAGAAAAUUAAACUCGACACAGAAGAAGAAAGUGAAAAGUAGACAAGCAAAACUUUUGGUUGCAUAUGUCAGUAAGAUAUAACAAACGCGUCUAAUGUUGGUGGGCAUCUCCCAUAUUCAAGUAAUCGAUGCAUUAUGGCUGGGAAAGAGAACAUGCAACUUUCUUGCUAUCGCAUCCAUGUCUUUUUCUUUUUAUUGAGUGCUGGACGAUACCUUCACUUCGUUUCUCUGGAUUCUUCAUCGUAGUAAACUGAAAGUUCAGCUCCGAUAUAAAGGACUUCUUUGUAAUUGUCGAUUUAAAGCAAUGUAGUGUUUACUCGUUUCGCCUGAAUUUCUCCUUAAUAUACUUGCGAUAUAUUUAUCUCGUAUCACCGCAGCAGUUAGGAAUGAAAUCCCAAGGACGCUGCUUACACGACUUGUGCUGUGUAGAUGAUUUCAGACAACCGCUGUAUGCAGAACCACUCGAGUUGUAGUCUUCAGUUUUAUAAGUCGCCUCGUGUUUUGACAAGUUAUUGACCCAUUACACUUCACGUUACUUUUCUUAACCCAACCUGUUAAAUAGCAGACUUACGGUCUCCUGUCGUGUAACGUGUAUUAUUUUCCCACUUGAUGAAGUGGCAUGUAAGUGUUCAUCCAUCAUUGAAAUACAACGCAAUGUUCGAAAUGAUAA